AUGUCUGACGCUCCGGCCGCUCCUACCAUCGAUGUCACGAUGGGCGCGCUCUUCAUCGGUUUGCUGUUUUCGGCAUUCUUUCAAGGCUUGCUUACUGUGCAAGCUUACAUAUACUACGAAAGCUUUCCCGAUGACUCGCGGAAGAACAAGGUCUUCGUUGCGAUAGUGUGGUUUGUAUCCAUUACAUCUGUCCUUACGCAUCACAGACUGAAUGCACAUCUGAUCAUCGUCGCCCAAGCUAUAUACUGGUACCUCAUUCGUAACUUCGGGAAUGGCGAGGCCCUUCUUCAAUCUACGACGUCAGAGGAUACGCACUUGAUUCUCGUAGGGUUGGCCACCCUGAUAUGUCAAUUCUUCUAUAUUCAACGGAUUUGGGUAUUAAGCCAGAAGAACAUCUACCUGACUGGCUUUUUGCUUCUCGGUUGUCUUGCAAUUUUUGGUCUGAAUAUUGCGCUAAGCGUAAUACUUAUGACGGCACCUGGACAUCUAUUCUCUAUCGUCACCAAAUAUCCCGGGACGAACAUAGCAUUGUUUGCUUUGGACGCUGGAGUGGACAUCGUGAUGUCAUUGCUUAUGUGCUACUACCUGUGGAAUGCGAAGACUGGAUUCAAAAGAUCAGACACUGUUGUGUCCCGACUCAUCAGAUUCACCGUCGCCACAGGUCUUACGACAAGCCUUGUGGCGGUAGCAGGUGUUGUGUCGGCAUUUCACCUCAACCUCGGACGUCUAUAUACUAACUCCAUACUGGCCUCACUCAACUCCCGACGAAGUCUCAGGACGUUCGCCUUUGAUCCAAAGUCAGCUGGCUCUGUUCCUGACUCGCGGACGGGAGUAGCGCUUCCCACUAGCCUCGCGGGUCUUCCAUGCACCUCGGACAAUCAUUCAGUUAGAUUAGAGGGAGACGUCGGAAAGAAUAUGUUCGAGCUCCGCCCAUCUGGUUCUUGGUCGAAUCACCGCUGGGAACUAUCAAACACAAUGGUGUAG